AUGAACAACAGAAAUGAUACGAUCGUACCGACCGAAAAUGGCAACUUUAUCGAGCCUCCGCCAAUGAGAUGGACUCUCAGGUUGAUUUUCGUCGUGGUUUUCAUCGUCGGAGUCAUUGGUAAUUCUGUAGUAUGCGCCGCAGUGAUCCGACGUAAGCGAAUGCGGACCAGCAACAACAUCUUUACCUUCAAUCUCGCGCUCUGUGACUUGCUCAACGUGGUGAUUUAUCUGCCGACGCAGAUGGCUGCGUUCGAGAACGAUCACAACUGGGCAGUGGGAAAUUUCAUGUGUCUCUUUGUGUACAUUCUUGUUCCUCUAUGUUUGUGUGCAUCGAUUGGGACACUGUUGGCCAUAACCUGCGACAGGUAUAGAGCAAUCGCUUAUCCAAUGAAACCACGAUUAAGCGGCAAGAUGGUCAAGAUUAUUUUAGCCACUAUUUGGAGCAGCUCGCUUGUGAUCUGCUUUCCGCUGAUUUUCGUCGCGGGAGAGAUACGGCCUUCGCCGGGCAAGGUCUACUGCGACGAAACUUGGCCAGCACCAAUUUACAUGGAAAUCUAUUGGAACUUUAUAUUUGUGAUUCAGUACUUUCUACCUUUGACAAUUAUAGCCGUUUUAGCUGUUUUGAUCGCCAUUAAAAUUCGCCAGAACAACGCGAUACACUUGCUUCCUAAAAGUUCUCAAGCAAUUGCAAAUGCAGUGAGGCAAAGAAUGAAGCAGACUUCUAAAAUAACUAACAUGCUCAUCGCCCUCGUAGUUCUAUACGCAAUCUGUAUGCUACCACAGCAUAUUAACUUCUUGUGGUUCACUUAUGGCAACUUGAAAAGUUCCAAAUAUAGUAUUUAUGUCCUUCGAUUCUCCAACGUGUUUCCUAUGGCGAAUAGUGCGUUGAAUCCUAUUGCUUACGGGACACUGAACAAGGAAUUUAAAAAAGUGUUCAAAGGCUUCUUUGAGUGUGACUGCCGUAAAAGUGAUUCUGAUGUUUACUCAGCGAAAAGAACGCCUAAUCCUUUAAACAGAAGUGGCAAGUUUAGGUUAGCAGUGUACAAGCACGCAAACGAGGAAGACUCAUCCAGCGAUGCGGCGGAAAAAGGUCGAAAAUCCAGUACACCCUCCCUUGCGUCAUUUGGAAAAAGGAAAGAUCCGAGAAGGAAAGGAAAAAAGGAUCUUAAAAAAGGGUCGGACAUAAUUCAAGAUUUUGUACCUAACGGAAAUGCGACACUCAGUACAUCUCUCAAUUCACAAGAUCAUAACUGCAACGAACAAGGAAGUUCCAAGAACGAUUUUUUCGAAAUCGAAGACCUUGACGUUAACGUGUCCCCGGCAACGACAAAAGACUUUCUUAAGUUGCCCGCAAGAUCACCUGUACUUGAACAGCGGGAAGAAGAACAAGAGUUAUUAAUGAAUGAAAGAAGAAAGGAAGGGAAACCUAUAACUGCGCGAGGUUUUAAAGACCGAAACUCACUAGAAGAUCCGAAGAAGCCUUCUUAUGAUGAAACCACACCACAGCGUGGCGCGGACGAUUAUGGUAGAAAACUUGACUUGAACGCCUUAGAUUUGAAAGAUAAUCUAACAACACAACUGUUAGCUCAUGAUUUCGAAAACGAUGCAGUCAUAAACAGUUGGGUUGAAGUAACCAAUAUAGAUAAAAAGCUUCUAGCCUAUAUUUCCGCGUUAAAAGAGACCGACAUUUAG